AUUUAGUAGCUAUGACAACAUGACACAAAAUGGCUAACGGAGAGAAAUAUUUUUUCGUUUAUGUUCCUAAUUCUUAAAACAUUCUUUGGUCAUGUUUUGCAAGCAACAUUGCUGAUCAUAAGCCAUGUCACACAGCUACUACAACAAACAAUGGGCCGAGGCUCAGGCCACCUUGACAGAUCUCCUCCAGCAGGAGCAGCCACUGGAACCUCCAAAACCGGAGAGGGACCGUUUGGCAGCUUUCCAGCUCCUAGCUACCAUGUACAUAAAGUACAUACAGAUCUUUCGCCGCCUUGAGCAGUCAUAUGACCAGAUCGUCCAUCCACAGAAGAGGAGGGUGUUGAGACAUGUCCUUGAUGGGGUCAUGGGUCGCAUCUUGGAACUGAAGCAUGAGAUGGUCAACCUAGAGUUCUCGGAAUACCACUAUUUCGAUGACGUUCUCUCAGAUCUCAAACUCACACCAAAUGAUGUGGAAAUUCCCAUUCCAAAGUAUUUUAUUAUGGAAAGACUGAAACCGCUGAAGGAGAGAGAGAAAGUUCUUGGACAGAUUUUGGCCAAAAUUGGUCCUCAGGAUCUUGAAAAGGACAAAGAAGAUAUUUUGAUGCCGUUUGAAGAAGCAAUUCGUCUUAUUCAAAUCCACGAACGUGCCAGACAGGGCCGACUGAGGGCAAAGUUCAUGAGAGAGAUUCGACAGCAAGAAGCGAGAGAGAAAAUACUGUCCACAAAAGUCGCUCCCACACUUGACCGCGACAUAGCAGCCAUGAGGAUUCAGAAGGUGUGGAAGGGAUUUGCACAACGAAGAAAAACAAAAAGAGAAAGAGAGGAGGAAAUGAUCUUCAUAGGAAUGUCCCCUCCUCCAAUGCCAGCCAGCAUGAAGAUCAACGAACAGACUCUGGCACUGAAGACCGAGGAGAGUCGCCGUCGGUUACAGGAACAGAAUGAGCAGGAAUACCAGCAAGCCCUGAUCACCAUCAAAGACAAGAUCCACGAGGCUGAGGGUCCUGACAUCAAGGAGACAAUGAUGGAUCAAAUCAGACAGUGGUUUAUAGAGUGCAGAGAUGCCACUGGAAAGUUUCCUGAGUACCCGGAUGAGGAUGAUGGGGGAUCUGCAGUUAUUUUUGCAAAGAAGACUCCAGAGGAACUGGAAAAAGAGCUGAAAGAAAAGGAAGAUGGCAAGGAGAAAAAAGGCAAAGGUGACAAAAAGGGAAAGAAAGAUAAAAAGGGAAAGAAAGAGAAGAAGGAAAAGAAAGGGAAGAAGGGGAAGAAAGGAAAAGGGGAUGAUGAGGAUGAAGAAGAAGGGUGGAAAAUGAACCCAUCGGAGUUUGUUCCGGCCAUUGACGAAGGAACCUCGACUUACAAAGGCGUUUGGCAGACUCGUGAUGAGAGUGACAAUUUUUCACAGAAGCACGACUCAGAGUUGAUCAAGGAAGAGAAGAGAAAAGAAGUGGAAGCUGAAAUCAGACUUCAAGUUGAUGAGCUGAUGAGGAAUGAAUUAAAAAACCUUAAAAUUGCUGUUGACCGAGACAAGGGAGGUAAGAAAGGCAAGAAGUCUGGCAAGAAGAAGAAAAAGAAGAAGAAGAGUGGCAAGAAAGGCAAAAAAGGCAAGAAGAAAGAAAAAGAUCUCACACCUGACAGAACAAUAGAGGACCUGUACGAAGAGCUGGUGUCCCAGGGAAUCAUUGUGAGGACCCCACAGGUCAAGCUGUCUGACUUCGAAGGGGAGUACAGCUAUCUGGGAACCACCCUGAGACAGGCCAAUGUUGAACCGAUGCCCUCGCUCAGCGACGUUCGACGACUGGUUACUGACUUCGCAAUCCUACCCCUAGGUUCUGCAGCAUGUCACGAGAGUGCUCCCCUCACCAAAUCCAUCCUGCUGGCAGGACCCCGCGGAACCGGCAAAAAGCUUCUAGUCCACGCCAUUUGUCACGAGACCGGUGCCAACCUCUUCGACCUCAGCCCUGCUAACAUUGCCGGAAAGUAUCCUGGUAAAGACGGACUCAAAAUGUUCAUGCAUCUCAUUUUCAAGGUUGGCAGAGCUUUACAGCCAACUGUGUUUUAUAUUGGAGAAUGUGAAAAAAUGUUUAAGAAGAAAAUUCCAAAAACGGACCCGACUGACCCCAAAAGAUUGAAGAAAGAACUGCCUAAGGCUUUGAAAACGAUCAAAUCUGAUGACCGACUCCUGCUGGUGGGCACAUCACGCUGCCCGUUUGAUGCCGAGAUGAAAGCUCUGAUUGGCUGUUACAACAGAAUCAUCCUCAUUCCAAGACCGGACUAUGCAUCAAGACAUUUGUUGUGGAGAAGUUUGAUUAUGAAAAAUGGUGGUGUCAUUUCCAACAUGCUGGACGUGAGCUCUCUGUCCAAGGUGACCGAUGGAUACACUCCUGGCCACAUGGUCACCGCAAUCCAGCAAGUUCUCACAGACCGGCGAAUCCAGCAGUUGGCCAAGAAACCACUACAAGCCGUAGAGUUCAUUGCUCCCCUAGCCAGGAUCGAUCCCAUUUACAAGGAAGAGGAAGAGUCUUUCAAAGCCUGGUACAGUAAGACUCCACUGGGGAAGAAACGAGCCAAAGCGGCCCAAGGUGAUGAUGAUGAUGGAGGAGGAGGAAAGGACAAAAAGGGAAAGAAAGGCAAGAAAGGAAAGAAGGGAAAGAAGGGAAAGAAAGGCAAGAAGAAGAAAUAAAAGACAAAUUAAGUGUCGUUGCCUGGAUUCAAGUGUUACUGUUGAUCUAUGUGCAGUAUGUUUCUUAUUUUCACUCAAGAACAUUCCAUGUUUCACAGAUGCUGUUUUUCAAAUUAGUAUCUGUAUUAAUUUUAUUGGACAAAGACAUCGCACAAUAAUUUGUAAAGACCUUUGAUCCUCAUUUCGCUGUUUAAGAAAUCAUUUCAAAUGUAAAUAUAAUAUAGAGAGGUCUGUGUCUAUGUCAGUGAAAAUCUAUUCAGACAAGCAAAUGUGCCUUGGUGGUCAUCCAGUGGACAAGUAAACAUUUUCAGUGCAAUUUCAUUUAAUCAUCCUGGUACUUGAAUAAAAUAAACCAUUUAUUUGGACAAGUGAAAAUAUUGGCGGACAAGUAAAUUUCUUGAUGUAUUUGUCCGGUGGACUAGUAAAAACACCUGCAUAUUUCUUUCACUGUAUGUAUAUUUUUAUUUAUCACAUUUUGUAAUAAAUUCAGUGAUUCUGGUUUCCAUUUCACCGAUUGGUCUUGUUUACAGAAAACUGUCUUUAAUGUGCAUGUAUCUUCACUAAAUUCUGUACAUACUUCACAAUUUCUUCUUUUUUUUCUCUCUUUUUUUUUUUUACAUUUCAAAUUAUUUUCGUGUUUAUAUGCAAUUAAGGUUCAAGCACGCUGUCAUGGGCACACACAUCAGCUAUUUGGGCUGUCUGUCCA